AUGGCCAACUGUUACCCCCUGUUGGUCGUCCCUUGCAAAAGAGGCGGUAUUCCGUGUUUGACGCCUGAUCAGGCAAGGGCGAUUAUGAAGGAGGAAGAGAGGGUGAUAAGUGUGUCCAUCUUUGAUGUAAGCGAAUAUGUGGAACCCUGCAAAAGAGCAAAACGGGGAUUCGCAGAAUUCUGUGGGCUGGAGAAUUUUACCACCAUUCUCACUGUGCGCAGUCCUCACAUUGGCAUGCAUGCCAGCAUCCCGGCGACGGACGCAGGAUUGUCUGCAAACCAUGAAAAGGGCCGCAUUUCUUUGGGUAUGGAUAAAUGGAAGGAAAUGGUUUUGUCUCUUCAACCAACAAUGAUCGUUACUCCCUAUGAUUCUGUUUCAACGCAUGAGCUUCAGGUAAAGCGCCGACGGACAGCAGUGGGCCGUUCAGUAAAAUGGGCAUUGUCCGCAGACUCCCUUCAUGCCCAAGGUAACUGGAAGCUAAUGAGGCCUGUAUGUGCUGUGGAGGGCAAGGGCGAGUAUAUUUUUAUGGAGGAACUUUGCCAAAAUGAGACUUUACAAGAAUACACAGUCCAUAUACAACAGGCCGUCAAGAAAGGGCAGGUGAUGUGUGCUGCGAUUUCUCUACCAGCAGUACUAAUGUGUUUGAGAGAUGAUGUGUGCUUUAUUGAGUGUGCACUCCCAUGGAUAUUGGCAGAGAAGGGAAUAGGCAUGGUAUUCGAUCUAUGCCCAACAGAAGGUGUCUCUCCUUCACGGUAUGAAACACAGAUAGACUUGAAUGAUGACUGCUUCGCGGAAGAUAUUCGACCACUUUCGCCAGACUGCAACUGUUACACUUGCAAACGGCAUAUGCGUGCAUAUAUUCAUCAUCUUCUUACAGUGCAAGAGAUGAACAGUAAGACACUUUUAGUGAUACACAACUUGACCCGGUUGAUUCAGUUGAUACGGUUGUAUCGACUCGCAGGUGCAGAGGAGCGUGAGGUGUUGCUCAACUGGUUUUUCGCACAGAUUUGA